CAACCUUUCUAUUUCUAUCUUCUUUUUUUUCCUGUGACUGGAGUGAAGAUUAUACCUAAGGCAGAGACUCCUCUGCCUUAGAACAAAUAAUUUUCUUUCAAAAAUGGCGUUUCAAGAUUUCGACCUCAUCAAUGAACGACGAAAAAGUGAGAAGAGAGCACAAAUGAGGAAAAGGAUCAUCAUUGGAGUUAUUUCUUCCGUUGUCUUCGUCGGUCUCAUAGGUUGUGCAUUCUUUGUUGCUACCACAAAAUACAAUCCUUUUGGUGGUGGUGGUGGUGGUAGUCAUCCAGAAGACAGUUCAACCGCUAAUGGUAGCAAACAUGUUGCACAUUCAGAAAAGGUAGUGAAAUUGGUAUGCAGUUCUGCAGAUUACAAAGAAAAAUGUGAAGGACCUCUUAACAAAGCAGUGGAAAAGGAUCCUAAACUUCAACACCCUAAAGACCUUCUCAAAGUUUAUCUUAAAACUGUAGAGGAUGAGGUUAACAAAGCCUUCAACAAAACAAAUUCAUUCAAAUUUAACACUAAAGAAGAGAAAGCUGCAUUUGAGGAUUGUAAAGAGAUGAUUCAAUACGCUAAGGAUGAUUUAGCUACCUCUAUUGAUCAACUUAGUGAAGCUGACAUGAAAAAACUUGCUUCAAAAACACCUGACUUGAACAGUUGGUUAAGUGCUGUUAUCACUUUCCAAGAAACUUGCGUUGAUGGUUUUCCUGAUGGAAAAUUGAAGACUGAUCUUCAGAAAUUGUUUCAGGGUUCUAGGGAAUUUGUUAGCAAUUCUCUUGCUAUUGUGUCUCAGGUUUCUACAUUCCUUUCUUCAUUGCAGACAAUGGGGGCCCCCCGUAUGUUGUUGUCUGAUAACUCCCCUGUUGCUUCUAUGGAUUCUGAAGGUAUUCCUUCAUGGAUUCAAUCUGAAGAGAGAAGGGUGUUGAAGGCUGCUGAUAUUAGACCUAAACCUAAUGUCGUUGUUGCUAAAGAUGGCAGUGGUAACUUCAGAACCAUCUCUGCAGCUUUGGCCGCCAUCCCUCCAAAUUUCCUUGGAAGGUAUGUGAUUUAUGUUAAAGAAGGAGUGUACGAUGAGGUAGUGACAAUAACAGAUAAAAUGAAAGAUAUAACCAUCUAUGGUGAUGGAUCACAAAAGAGUAUCAUCACUGGUAGCAAAAACUUUAGGGAUGGAGUCACGACCAUCAACACCGCAAGUUUUGUGGUGCUAGGAGAAGGAUUUUUGGGUCUAGCAAUGGGAUUCAGAAACACAGCUGGUCCUGAAGGACAUCAAGCAGUAGCAGCUAGAGUCCAAGCAGAUCGUGCUGUGUUUGCCAACUGCCGUUUUGAAGGCUUCCAAGACACGCUAUACACAGUGGCACAUAGACAAUUCUUCCGUAGCUGCAUCAUAACAGGAACAAUCGAUUUCAUCUUUGGUGACGCAGCCGUUAUAUUCCAAAACUGCAUCUUGGUUGUUAAAAAACCAAGUGUCGGCCAAAGUAACGCGGUGACAGCACAAGGAAGAUUGGACAACAAACAAAAUACAGCAAUUGUUCUACAUAAAUGUACAAUUAAAGCUGAUGACGCAUUGGUUCCUGUUAAAGCCACAGUAAAAAGUUACCUUGGUAGACCUUGGAAGCAAUUUUCAAGAACAGUUGUUAUGGAAAGUGAUAUUGGUGAUUUUAUUAGCCCUGAGGGAUGGUCACCUUGGAAUGGAAACUUUGCUUUAAGUACACUGUAUUAUGCUGAGUAUGCUAACACUGGACCUGGUGCUAGUACUACUGCUAGAGUUAAGUGGCCUACUUUCAAAGUUAUUAACAAAGCAGAAGCUAGUAAGUGGACUGUAGGAACAUACUUGACAGGUACAUGGGUUCAAAACUCAGGUGUACCUUCACAGCUUGGAUUGUACAAAUAAAAAUGAUUUUGGUUGGUUGGUUCAUUAUUGAUUCAGUGAGAGUUUGUUUCAUGAUUCAACCAAUGAGUACAUGUGAAACAUAAUUAUUAGUGGUAAUAAUCCACAUGUUUCAAGUUAAA